AUGGGGGGAGUCGGCCUCCUGUUGGUAGUGGUCCUGACAGGAGGACUCUACUGGUUAAGCCCGGUGGACACGACGGCCCGAACCGACCUUGCGCUUCCGCGCCCGCGGGAUGGUACUGCAUCGUUCGAGUACGUGGCCGGACAGUCGGUGUCCGUGCAGGGGGUGCACGGUGCCGCCGCAGGCACCCUCGAGGGCGAACGCCGGGGUACCGUCACCAGUCCAGGGGUUGACGGCGGCGCGGCGGAGGCGGCCGGGAACCCGACCGGCAGCGGGGUCCGACACCGGGACGUCGCACCUGACGAUACGGCAGCCGCCCCGAUGCGGCAGCCGAUUCCACGGGUAACAGUGGAUACUCAGGUCCCUGCCAGUCCUGCGGCGACGCCGGCCGAGCGGGCGAUCCCCACCAGCGGCGCACGCACCGCCGCCGCGCCGGCCACCAGUCACAACUCGCCGGCCACGACCGGGUCAUCUUCGCGCCCCGCGGCAGUGCGCGCCGCUCCACUGGCGAAACUCGCGCCCUUGGCGCCGUUGCGCGAGUUCUGGGUACAGGUCGGAAGCUUCGCCAGUCGCAGCCGGGCCAACGCUCUCGGACAGCGGCUCGGCGAUCAGGGCAUCGUCAGCCGCGUGACCACGCGCACGUCCAGAGCCGAGGUAUUCUUCCGCGUGCGCGUCGGCCCCUACGCCAGUCGUGUGGAAGCCGAGAAGUUCCUCGCCUGGGUGCAGCAGGUCGACGGUCUGGACGGCAGUUAUAUCUCCGAGGUGCGCAACGCGGGCGGAUAG